GCAUCAGCGCAUUGCACACCACCCACCUGUCUCUCUUUCUUCACUCUCUCUUCCCCUGUUUUCCUCUCUUCCGCACGAGCACGCAACAGUCCGCGGCCAUGGCGACUCCGAGGACUAUGAAGGCCGUGCAGUACGACAAGUAUGGCGGAGGAGCGGAAGGCCUCAAGCAUGUGGAGGUGCCGGUCCCGUCGCCGAAGAAGGGGGAGGUUCUGCUCAAGAUGGAGGCGGCCAGCAUCAACCCCAUCGACUGGAAGAUCCAGAAGGGCAUGCUCCGGCCAUUCCUCCCCGGAAAGUUCCCCUUCACGCCAGUUGGCGAUCUAGCCGGCGAAGUCGUGGAGCUGGGCAGCGGCGUCACCGGCUUCAAACCAGGCGACAAGGUCAUCUCGAUCAGCUUCCCGAGCGGCGGCGGACUCGCCGAGUACGCGGUGGCCCCAGCGGCGCUCACGGUGGCGAGACCGCCGGAGGUGUCGGCCGUCGAUGGCGCCUGCCUGCCGGCCGCCGCCAGCAGCGCGCUCCAGCUGCUCAAGGCCACGGGGGUCAGCUUCGACAAGAAGACGUCCGGCUCCACCGGGCCGAAGAACGUGCUGGUGACCGCGGCGUCCGGCGGCGUGGGCCACUACGCGGUGCAGCUGGCCAAGCUCGCCGGCCUACACGUGACGGCCACCUGCGGCGCGCGCAACGUGGCCUUCAUCCAGGGCCUGGGCGCCGACGAGGUGCUGGACUACAAGACGCCCGAGGGCGCGGCGCUGCGGAGCCCGUCCGGCAGGAGGUACGACGCGGUGGCGAACUGCGCGGCGGGGUUGUCCUGGCCGGCGCUUAAGGCAGUGCUGUCCGACGAGGGCGGCACGGCCGCAGACGUCACGCCGGGGGUCCGCGCCGCGCUAACGUCGCUCCUGCAGAAGGUGACGUUCGCCAAGAAGAGGCUGGCGCCGCUGAUGCUGACGCCCAGGAGAGAGGAGAUGGAGUGGCUGGUGGAGCUGGCGAGGCAGGGGAAGCUCAGGACGGCGGUGGACUCGAGGUACCCGCUGAGCAGAGCGCAGGAGGCGUGGGCGAAGAGCGUCGACGGGCACGCCACCGGCAAGAUCGUCGUGGAAAUUGGAGGCGCGGAGUGAGCAUGAGUCACUGUAUGAAUUGAUUAUUAGCAUGAUGCGACCAUUGGUAGCUACUAGGAUAAAGCCCGUGCUUCGCACCACCCAUGGCGCGGUUAGUGUCUACACUCAUACCUCUUUAUUUCAUGGCUCUCAUAUUGUCCCUAUUGCACCACCCAUCGAGAAUUUAUGACAAGCGAAAACACAAAGUUCUUGAAAGAAUUAUACAA